AUGGAGAAGUAUAAAAGAGUGCAGGGGCGUGCGCCGCCGCCAGGGGGCGCAAAGGAGGCUGUGGCGGUGCCCAUGGCAAACCUAGAAGGUCUUCGUGGGGGCUUCUUCCUGGGCCUGCUGCUGUGGCUCCAGCUGGCUCAGCCCGUGCUCAGUGAGGCCCUGGGCCAGGAAGAGGAGGAGGAGGAGGAGGAGGAGGAGGAGGCCGAGGCCGAGGGGGCUCUCCUGUCUUCCUCGCUGGGCUGUUCUUCUGCAGGUGUGGGUUACCAAGCCAAGGAGGCUUCUGGGAUGACCGUGCUGAGCCCAGAGCCCCCGGGGCCUCUGGCACCACGGAAAUCCCUGAGGAUCCCGGAAGUCACUGCAGCUCUGGGGUCUCCAGUGCCGGCUGGGCCUGCGGGACCCCGGGUCAGAACCAUGAAGAUAGUGGGUGGAGCACCGGCCCCGGAGAGGAGGUGGCCCUGGCAGGUGAGCCUGCAGUCAAAGGGUAACCACGUAUGCGGAGGCUCCCUCAUCUCCAGCCGGUGGGUCCUCACUGCCGCCCACUGCAUACUAGGUUAUGAGGACUACACGGUGAAGCUGGGAGACCACAGGUUGCGCCCUCCAUCCACAAAUUCAGUCAUGGUUCCUGUUCGGGACAUUGUUAUCCAUCAAGAAUUUAACUCAAAUUCGAUGAGUCAUGACCUCGCGCUUGCGCUGCUGGCCUUCUCUGUGAAUUUCACCUUGUACAUCCAGCCUGUGUGCUUACCUGAGAAGCUGGUGGAAGUGGAUAGCGGGACAGCGUGCUGGGUCACUGGAUGGGGACGACUGGCACCAAACUUGUCGAUACCAUCACCAGUGGAGCUUCAGGAGGUGGAGCAAGACAUUAUUCCCUAUAACAUCUGUAAUGCGCAGUUCCAGAAGGAAUUAGGAUCGUUGAGCAACAUAGUGCGAAAAGGGAUGAUCUGUGGCUACCGACACAAGGGCAAGAGUCCAUGCUGGGAAACACAGGUGGGGCCGGGUAGGCGCGUGCAGGGCGACCUUGCAGAGCAGCGGCUGCCUUAG